AUGCCAGAGUGUACUGAAACGUUGCCCUUCUCUAUACCUAUCAUAAGGUAUACCAUGGAUACUGAGGACCGAUUAACGAGCGAAAGGCAGCAGCCCAUGACAAAAAAGAUGUCCCUAUUGCCACCUGUGAAGAUCGAGACGCCCGAUAGUGGUAGACGGCUCUCUGAACCGACCAGACAUUACAUUCCUCCGCAGUGCAAUAACAGACUGUCUCCAAGAAGUGCAAGAAAACGUGAUUCGAGAAGGAGCUCUAAAUCAGACAUCAAAGCUGAUUUACCCGUUAAAGAGACAUUCGGUCCGAAACCAUGUAAUUGUGAAGAUUGUAGGGCAUCAAGUCCAUUACCGCCUGGGUAUGGACCACCGACUAUGUCACCCGGGUACGAUCAAAUGAAGAAUUCGCUGUCGGAAUUCCCGUGGAAUGAGGACUUCACCGAGGCUUCUAGUGAUGAUCUCAGCUCGGAAUGGGAUUCAGACGUACAAGAGCCGGUAUCGCCACCCCCAAAGCAGUCAGAACGAUGGCGCAAGCUUCGUAACAUCGUGCAGUGGACUCCGUUCUUCCAAACCUACAAAAAGCAGCGGUAUCCGUGGAUUCAGCUUGCUGGGCACCAGGGAAAUUUUAAGGCUGGACCAGACCAAGGAACGAUAUUGAAGAAGCUCUGUCCACAAGAGGAGAGGUGUUUUCAGUUACUGAUGAAAGACAUCCUUCGGCCGUUCGUCCCUGAAUACAAGGGUCAAGUGACAUGUGAGGAUGGAGAAUUAUAUCUGCAACUUCAAGAUCUACUAAGUGAUUUUGACUCCCCGUGUGUGAUGGAUUGCAAGAUUGGAGUCAGGACAUAUUUGGAGGAGGAAUUAGCAAAAGCGAAAGAGAAAACUAAAUUGAGAAAAGACAUGUAUGAAAAAAUGAUUCAAGUAGAUCCUAAAGCACCGACAGAAGAAGAACACAGAAGCAAAGGUGUUACUAAGCCAAGAUAUAUGAUAUGGAGGGAGACCAUCAGCUCGACGUCUACACUAGGCUUUAGAAUAGACGGAGUGAAAAAAGCUGAUGGGACUAGUUCAAAAGACUUUAAGACAACAAAGACUAUUGAACAAAUACUUGAAGCGUUUCAAGAUUUUACUAGUAGUUUUCCAAAUACAGUGCCUAGGUACCUGGAAAGGCUGAAAAACAUUCGAGCGACAUUAAUAGAAUCACACUUCUUCAGAACGCAUGAACUAAUUGGUAGUUCAUUGCUUUUUGUUCACGAUAAAAGGAAAGCCUCUAUUUGGAUGAUUGACUUCGCAAAAACUGUCCCUGUGCCUGAAAACGUAACCAUUGAUCACAACUCCGCGUGGAAAGUUGGCAAUCAUGAAGACGGCUACCUCAUCGGUAUCGACAACCUCAUUUCUAUUUUCGAAUCUCUCACUAAGGAUGAUAAUGGAAACAUUGAUCAGUGCUAUUCAAACUUAAGUCUGGAUAAAAGCGUCAGGAGGGACAGUUUAGCUACUUGA